AUACUACACGCAUCUCAUUCGAGCUGAACUGGAGGGAUUUCUGAGUGUCCAGUGUGUUGAGCUAGCGUUAGCAGAGCAAAGAUAACUUAUCUAACUAAGUUACAACCUGCUCCUCUUUACAAACAAGUCAGCUCUGAGUGCACUGUAACACCAGUGACUCUCACAAUGGAUUUAGAAGAUGACACCACUGUGUUAACAACCUUGAAGUCGUUCAAUUCCUUCAUCAGCCACACUGAACGUCCACAACGGCUGUCAGAGCACUCUGCAGGGAGUGGAAACCUGCAGAGUCAGUACAAACGCAGCAUGGAGUUGUUGGAAGCUGCAGAGAGGGUUCACUCUAAGAAUCGCUACCUUCAGUUGGACCAGGAGAAGAAGCAGAUGGAGCUGAGUCACAAGAGAGCUCGAUUUGAACUAGAGAAGGUUGCUUCUGACAACGCACGAGACUUGGAGCAUGUGGUUGACCGGAACCAGGACCUCUUGGGGCGAAUAAAAAAGUUGGAGGAGAGAGAGACUGAGGCAGCUAAGAACCUAUCAGAGCAAGUGGAGGCAAAUCAUUCUCUCCGUAAGAACUUGGAGGCCAUGAACAAGAAACUGGAGGAGCGAGAUACUAGACUUGACACUGCUAACCAGACUAUCAGUUCUUUGAAGGACGAGAUCAGAGAACUAAAGCAGAACAUUCAAAACCAAGACUCAACAAUUUCUACUCAAACCCUAGAAAACCAGGAACUACAGGAACAGUUAGAUUUACAACGCAGGAAGAAUCAGGAAGCCUCUCAGCUUUGCCAAAGUCUCCAAGCUGCUCAGUCUUCCUGCUCAGAGCACAUCAUCAAGAUUAAGGAGUUGGAGAGGCGUCUUGCCCUCCAGGAGCAAGACAUUGCCAUUGUGAAGACUGUUAAGUCAGAGGUGGCCAGGGUUCCGGACCUGGAAAAGGAGAUGAAGUGCCUCAGAGAUGAUAAUGCCUUUCUCAGGGAGAGCAGAGAGAAUUGCAGCCUGUUGAAAGAGGAGGUGGAGGGUCUGAGGAGGAAGCUGGAGAGGAUGGAGAAAACCAAAGAAGAUCUGGUUAAUAUGGAACUGGAGAAGGAGAGGUUUGCAGAAAAGCUACAAGCAUGGGAAAACCUGGGGCAAUCUACUGGACUCAACAUAAGGAAACCAGAGGAUCUGUCCAGGGAGGUGAUUCAGAUCCAGCAGAGAGAAAUUGCUCUGAAAGAGCAGAACUACACACUCAACAGCCGUUUAAGGAGUGUGGAGCGUUCAAUGGCCGAGCUCCGUGCGGAGAUGUCUCAGCAGCGCAGCAAGACCCUGGAGGAGCAGAAGAAGAGGGAGACACAGGACUCUCUUGUCCGUCGACUUCAGAAGAGAGUACUGUUAUUAACCAAGGAACGUGAUGGAAUGCGUGCCAUUCUAGAGUCCUAUGAUAGCGAGCUGGCGCCCACUGAGUACUCUCCUCAACUCAGCAAACGACUCAGGGAGGCAGAGGACGUGCUGCAGAAGACACAGAACCAUAAUGUAGAGAUAGAGGCUCAGCUAACCAAAGCACAGGAAGAGACCGGGACUCUGAAACUGCAGCUGCAAACAGUGGAGCUGGAGUUGGAGUCUCUGAAGAAGCAGCAGGCCUCUGCUACUGACAGCGAUUCUGUACUAAGCAAAGAAGAGGUCAGCAUACUGAGACAGAAAAUUGAAGAUUUAGAGGCAGAGCGGCAGCGUCUGGAGGAGCAGAACAACAUUCUGGAGAUGAGACUGGAGAGACACAACCUACAGGGCGACUAUGAUCCAGUCAAAACCCGAGUUCUCCACUUCAAAUUGAACCCUACCACUGUUGCCAAGCAACAGCGCCAGCAGGAAGUUGAGUCUCUUCGGGAGGAAGUGACGCGUCUCAGGGAACUUGUGCGCUCGUUGCAGGAUGGAGGUGCUCUGGUCCAUUCUCAAGACGUCUCCAGUAUGCACACCUCCAGCCUCGGCCUCAGUUUACCACCAUCGAAGGAGGUGCUGGAUUUACGUAAGCAGAUGGAGAGCUCAGAGCUCAGGAACCAGAGACUGAAGGAGGUGUUUCAGAAGAAAAUUCAAGAGUUCCGCACAGUCUGCUAUGUCCUGACCGGCUAUCAGAUAGAUAUCACCACUGAGAACCAGUACAGGCUCACCUCAGUCUAUGCAGAGCACAUGGACGACUCCUUGCUCUUCAAAAAGGGCUCCAAUGGAAGCAUGCAGCUCAUGGAGACAGAGUUCUCCAAAACUCUUGACGAGAUGGUGGCCCUUCAUCUGCAUCACCAGAAGAGCAUCCCAGCGUUCCUUUCUGCAGUGACCCUCGACCUCUUCAGCCGACAAACCACUAUCUGAAGUAAUUUGACACCAUCUCAGACACAGGGCUGUAAAAAUCAGGAUGGGAUUAGUUUUGUUUUUAAUUUCCAGUUUUGGCUCUCUCCCUUUUCUUUUUUUCUGUCUCAUAUGAUAUUCAGUGUGUUCAAAUUCUGCAACCGUUUCUCAACAGCUCUGACAUAUGAAUAGUGCUGUGUUUUGGAGGAUGAACACCUUGUUUGAUGGAAUACUUCCAGUUUAUAUUCAAAAGGCUAAGAAAGCAACUUGGUAUUGCUAUUUGUACGCUGAAUAUUUCAUCAAGGAACCUUUGAGAAACACAACAGAACAAAGUUGUCAUGACACUCAAAAGCCACUGAUUUGGAAUACCUUUCCCACUGAGUUUCAUACACAGUGUGUGGAACAAAAGAAAGAUUUGUGUGGUCCUCUGGAACUCCAGUAGUUGUGUUUUGCGUUGUUUACCAAGGCUGAGUCUUUGUUGACUCUUUCUAUUCUGCCUUUUGUCCCCUCUCUCUUGGGGUCUUGUAUAAAAGGCUUCACAGAGAUGUUUUGUGGUUACAGUUGGUCACAGCCAGUCCAAAGAUAAUGUUAAAGAAAUCCCUUUCAACACAAGAUAUGUCGAUUCUACUUUUUUCCUGAGAUGUGUCAAAAUAUGAAGUUAGUUUUCAUCAGAUUUGUUAUGCCAUAGCUAUGACAUUUUUUUAAAUACAUUUUUAGUUAAAUAUCAUUUUAGUUCAUGAUUUUUUUCUUCAAUUUUUGAUAAAGUUUAAAAUCAGGUUUCCUACAGUUGUCUUUCUCUGGUCCUUUCCAUUAGGAGAGGCAUUAAGCAAGAGAGGUUAAGAGCCAAACUCGCCUCCCUCUCAAUACAUUAAAAAUUAGCACUGCGGGUUGACCUUGAGGAAAAAAUUCAAUAUUUUAUCUGUAAUAGCCGCACUAAAUUUGAAAUUCACAGGGUAUAAGCGCAACAGGCAUUGUCCUUAAGUGUGGAUCUAUUGCAUCAGUAACCGAGUCUAUGGUGGUUUUCUUCAUUAACGCAAAAUGGAGAAAACCAAUAAAAAUGCCAGGAAACCAUUUGAGAAGUACACGUGUGGAGUCAUUUUGGAUAUUAAAUCGGACAUAGAUGGAAUGCUCCUGCAUAAAGGUAAGGCUAUUUGCUGCCUUUUAUAAAUGCAAUUGACAUACACUAACAUUACCAGAACAACAUUAUAUUGUGUGAGUUGCAUUUGAAUUAAUUUAGACAAUUGUAGUUCUUAUUUAAUUUAACUGUUUUUCUUUUGUUUGUUUUUUUUCAAUGCAUUUUUGCUUACUGUACUUGCUGUACUUGCUUACUGUGUAACCUUUGUGACACAAAUACAUCUUUGGGUAUGAAUUAGAUUUUGGUGAACAAUAAUUAUGAAGGGUGUGUGGUGUGUGUGUGUGUGUGUGUGUAAGACAAGGAACAUUUCUAGGCAGCAAAAAAGAGCAAUGGCUGAAAUGCACAUGGGGUGAAGAGGAAGCAUGGGAGCAAUCCAAUGAAACUGAGAAACAAAAGGAAGUGAACUGAGAAUAAAGCCACUUAUCACAGCAAGGAUAUAAGAACUCCAGCUGGUAGAGCCAUAUGUCUCGUGAGAAAACAUACUCUCCUGUACAGUACAUGCCACACUCUGUCCUUGCUUUGUUUUGUUUAUCUUUUUCCACACCCUCAUUCAUUUUCACAACACAGAACAUCUUGUGCACACCCCACAGCUCUCAUUUAGAGGUGAUGUUUUAGUAGUUUUCAUAUAAGCUGUGGAAAACAAAUAGUACUGUAACAUACAAUGUCCUUCAGCAACGUGUGAUGUUAUGUGGCUUUCACUCUGCAUUGAAGAAAAACACUGUAUCUUUUAAAUUUUAAAUGCAAAUGUAAUCAAUAAAGCAUGUGUGUGACUGUUGAAAA